AGCAACCAUGGCAAUAAACAACUGUCGUGGCGCGUAGCGAGGUCAGCUGUUGUUUCUAUGUUGUUAGCGUAGAGGAUAAUCAAGAAGGAGGACAGCCUACUCAAGAUCGUCCAAGGAAUCUUCUUUCCAAGACUUUAAGGAAUCCACGCGAUACGGGGAAGUUGGAGGCAACUGUUCCCACUUUCUCAGAGGACGUAGUGGCUUGCUUAUCCCUCAAGAAGUCGAGAGGGGUUGAACGUAGUGAACUGCGAAGGAGAUUUCUUGUCGUGGAAGUUUCUUGAAGAUUUUCCGCCAUGUAUGACCGAGCCCCGCGGAGUAUGGGGUACAUGCAACCCACCGGGACGACGGGGGCCGUCGGCCCGGGCACCUACGAGGGGCCGCCCCCGACAAGGACCAAGGUUCGCUCCGACGGCUAUGCGCCUUUCCUGUCCAUGACUGGCCGCGAAACGUUCCUGACUGUUCAGGACAGUGUCAUCGCUGCGCCCGGGCCGGGCCACUACGACGCACGUUUUGCACAGGACCGUGUUUCAGGUGGAAGAACGCUGCAGAACAAGUCGCGCCGGUUUGAGGAGCCGCCCUCCACCACCCCCGGCCCCGGCUCCUACACACUGUCCAAGAAGAGCGACUGGAUCCGGACGGCGGGCGCCGGCGUGCCGACCAAGGAACCCGCACAGAGCCAAGCAGCUGUCUCCGCACCAGGGAAUAUCAUGACGUCGAGAGUCCACUACCAGAGGAAAGCCGAGGCGCCCUCCAUCCCCACCCCGGGGCAGGCACACGGCUAUGAGGAGGCGGAAGACGGCACGCUGAGAAGACAAGACCCUCCGUCCAAGGACCGCACCCGCGGCCCUGCCUACUACAACCCCAAUGCAUCCCCAACUGCCGCCACGAAAAAGUACAAGGGCGUCUUCUUCGGCAAGCUGGCGUCCAAGCGGAUGGACUUUGGCGGGAAGGAGGGUCCCGGACCGGGCGAAUACGACGCCCACCUCUCUGCGCCGGCCACAGCCGAGCAUGUUCACAUCCCGUCUACGGCAGAACAGAAACCCGUGUUCGAGUCCAAGCUGCCCAGAUACCACGAAAUCAUCGUCAACCAGGAGGAGAAAAGGGCGGUUCCUGGGCCCGGCAAGUACGAGGUACCCGGGCAGUUUGACAACCGGCCUCCGGCAAUCAGCACAGAGGGGAUCGAGGUCGAACAUCCGCCGUUUCUGUCACAGGCAAAGAGAUUCAUGCCAGACAAGAAGGUCCUCCCAGGACCGGGCACAUACAACGAUCCUCGCCACGCGCUCGAGGGCCUGAAGAGAGUAACCGGCAUGAAGAGGAGUCCGUUCGGCUCCACCGCUGUCAGAUUCCAGCCACAGCAUCACGUGAAGAGAACACCAGGUCCCGCAGCCUACCUGCACACAGGCAUGUCCGAGGACAGCAUGCGCCGGGCGUACCUCGAGAGCACGCGGAAGGGCGUCUUCGGAACCACCGCCGGACGGACCGCACCAAUCGUCAAGAAGCACGAGGGGGUGCUGCCCGGACCGGCCCACUACCAAGUGAAACACGAGCCCACCGUCAGAUAUAAGAACCAGAUCACCGCAAACUUCGCCUCGCUGACGGAGAGGUUAACAACCCCACAGAUGGCCAUGAAGGAAAACCCACCCCCAGGUUCCUAUGAAGUUGCCAGAUCCCACCUGACACAAGACAAACAAAGGCCCGGAAUUCCACGCACGAAGGAAGGCAGAAGAAAAGCCGGCUCAUUUCUUAGCUCGUCCACAAGAUUCGCUCCUCCUCGUGACAUCCUCAUGCCGAAAGCUGAUCCAGCUCUUCCGGGUCCUGGAGCUUACAACCCGAAACCCGUGCCUCUGGAAAACCAGCUGACGCUCCUGACGCAGAAAUCGCCAAGGUUCAAGCAGCUGAAACAGGAUGAGGUCCCGGGUCCGGGGGCAUACGAGUUGAGUCCACUUCUCCAAGACACCAUUCUCAAGGGCACCUUCAAUGCCACGCUCAACAAUCCUGUCACGACGGCGUACGACACGGCCAGCCAAUCAGAAACCACGAAACAAGCAUUCCUGCUCGGAACUGUUUAACCCACGGAAUUCUAAAAAAAUAUCUGCAAGUUCAUUGGCUCUGCUUUAUCCAAUGAGAAGACUUGUUAUGCGUACAUCAAAGUGUCAAUCUACAUGUAACAAGCAAUCUCAUUGGCUUUAGUUCAUCCAACAUGCAGGUGGCAUAUUAACCAAUUGGGUGUUUUGAGACAUGUUAGAUACUGAACAUGUAAAUAGAAUGUACAUCACUCUUUGUAUUCUUAAAGCUUUAUCAGAAUGUUGGUCACUUGGUCCUUGCAUAUGUUUACUAAAGCCAUCCAACGAAGAAUCAACUCCUUGUAGAAAGUUUUGGGAUGUCUUUGUGGUGUUGACAAGCUCUUCCAGAAAUUUCCUGUAAGAAAUAAGAAAAAAGAAAGUUGAACAUGUUGCCUGUUGCUGCUCACAAUUGAUGAACUGGUUUUCUGAGUCUUCGACUGAUGUUCACCAAUUACAUAAUAUAUCUGUUACACUGAAAACAGUGAUAGCAUACCUCAUACAUGUUGACUGCAAGUAGAGAUAGCAAAAUCUCUUUGAAACUACAUUUUUUGUCCCUUUGCAAAGCUCUUUUUGCCUGGGUGCCAUCCUAGUUAGCUUUCUGUGGUUGUUAAACCAUUUUUUGUGAGUGUUAGUUUGGGAGCGCUGGUAAACUAAAUAGGAUGGCCGCUAGGUUAAAGAUAUUUUUGCAUGAUGUUAUCAUGAUAAAAUGUCAUGUAAUCAAAUGGCUUUGAGAAAGUCAUCUAGCUGUGGUGAAAAGUGGAAUUUCCAAAAUUCUGUGAAGCAUACUCAAAAUGAUCACCUAUGGUGUAACGUUAUAACUAUGGCUUGCAAGUGCCAUUGAAGUGUCGUGUAAAAAUGUGUGAAUAUAAAUCACUCACAGGCACAAUGAAAAUGUGUAUAAAGAUAAAUAUGUGUCUUAGUGUAUUAUAUAUGACUGAAAAUGUGUCUAUUUUAUAUUCAUGAGAGUUUUGUACAGCACUGUGUCAUGUAUGGAAAUAAAGCAUUGCUUUAUUGAA